AAGCUCUGCUUACACAGAGUCAGGUUUUACUCCCCCCCCGGGUCCGCUGAGCCUGUGCAUCUGACGCGAGGAAGCAUGGAGCGCCACAGGACGCGUUGGAGACUGUCACCGAGGCGGCGGGGAAAAGUCUCACUUUGUGACGUGUUUCCAAAUUAGGACUCAGCAUCCUGACACGGCGCGGAGGUUCCACUCACUCCAACUCUUGACUUUUCCACUCACUGUGCGUCUUCUGACGGCGUGACACAAACAUUUGUCUGGCGACUUGAACUGGACCUGCUUCUCAAAGGACGGAGUGUGGAGUGACACCUUGGACUGGACCGGACCGGACAUGAGUCGGGGCUUCUUUAGUGCCGACAUAUUAGCUUUUGUUUUGGGACAAUAAAGUAUUUGAAGAGCGGCGACUUGUCCCAUGUCACGUGACAAGUAAGAGUUCUCUGAGCCUGGCACGGAUCGGAACCGUUCGGAACCAUGGUGAAAUUUCAUAACUCGGACCUAUGGAUAGCCUGGAUGCUCAUUUUCUGCAUGGAGGGUUCAUGGUUUUGCACACACACUGGAAAAGCGAGCGUACAUGCACUGGAUGUGAUGGUGUCUCAGAGCAGCAUCCAGGUCGCCCGAGGCCAAGCAGCCAUCCUGCCUUGCUCCUUCACCACCAGCGCUGCUCUCAACAACCUCAACAUCAUCUGGAUGGUGAUCCCACUGUCCAAUGCCAACCAGCCUGAACAGGUGAUUAUCUACCAGGGCGGCCAGGUGUUCAGCCUCGCCAACCACCUCAACGGUCGUGUGGGGUUUGUGUCCACCAUGCCAAGUACAAGUGCCUCCAUCUUCAUCAACAACACCCAGCUGUCAGACACGGGGACCUAUCAGUGUCUGGUCAACAACCUCCCGGACAGAGGGGGGCGCAAUAUUGGUGUCAUCGGGUUGACUGUGCUAGUGCCCCCUUCGGUGCCGGCCUGCCGGAUUCAGGGAACGCUUGAUGUGGGCAGCGACAUCAUGUUGUUUUGCAACUCGGACGAAGGUAUUCCCACACCGUCCUACUCGUGGGAGAAGCUGGACGCGCUGCCCAAGCUGCCGCACAACGCCAUGCAAGACCAGAUGCAGGGCACUGUAACGCUGAGAAACAUCAGCACCAGCACCUCAGGACUCUACCAGUGCACCUCCAGCAAUGUUAUAGGCAAGAGCACAUGCUUGAUCAAUCUGCAGGUUGUCGCGCCCCAGCCUCAGAGUGUUGGUCUGAUAGCAGGAACAAUUGCUACCGGAGUGCUGGCCAUCAUCAUCUGCUCCAUGUUAAUUGUGGUCACCCUUUACUACUGGAAGAAUAAGAACAAGUAUGACGAGGAGGAGAUCCCCAAUGAAAUCAGGGAAGACGACCUCCCACCGAAGAGGUCGUCGUCAGUGAAGGCUUUCCACGCCGACGCCUCGUCUUCAGAGAACGACACCCUGACGUCCACCAACACCUACAACAGUCGCUACUGGCACAACCCCAAACCCAACUACGACACCAACUCGUACACGCGCUACAACGGGGACACGCGGCAGACCUUCUCCAACGCGGUCCACGGCGUACACGGACACAGACAGUCCCAGAACCCGGGGCACGGCCACGGCUCGGCGGUGCCGCCGGCGCCGGGCUCGGCCCCACUGUCUCGCCACGCCCAGCCCGCGACGACCACUUCCUCCUUUGCCAACGGCAGCCACACGCUCCCGCCGCCCAAGACCCUGGUGGUCACCACGAACUCCGCCCCCUCCCCGUCCACCAUGGUGCGCAGCAACGGCUCCGUGAGCCUCAAGCCCGUGGUGACGCCCACGCACGGGCAACAUACGCACUCCUACGCCGUGAGUCAGGCCACGCUGGAGCGGAUGGGGGCGGUGCCCGUCAUGGUGCCCGCCCAGAGCAGAGCAGGCUCGCUGGUCUGAGGUCCGCCUGGAAAACAGGACUUAAUGAGUUUUUGUUGAAAUCCAGUGAAGAAAAACAAAUUGAGUAUGGGCUGAACCAGCCUGCUGCCCUUUAUUUUACCACGACAACUGUGUCUUUCUCUACUCCUCCUUUUCUAUCUCACAACAAACUACAGUGCAGAGUUCAUAAAAUGCCAAUUUCUUGAUGGAAAUCAUCAUCCGGGUUUAUUUUGAAGGUUGACGAUUUAAAUCAUGCUUUUAUUGGAUUUGACUUUCUUUUUGGAUGAUUUCAUAAUUUUUUUUUAGAAGAUGGAACGAUUCACUACCGCAGUGAGCUGGAAAUCCUUCAUAAAUGCAUGUGUCCUGUGUUAUGCGAUAAGAAAUUCAUUAUUUCCGUCACAGGUGUUAUGUCUAAUGUAACAAAUGUCACAAAUAAUCGUGAUCCCGAUGAUGAUGCAUCGAUAAAAGUGAAUGUCUGAUACGAGGGUUGAAAUGGCCUUAGAAGAGAAGAGAAUGAUGCAAUAUAAUAUACCUAAUUAUAAACAAAGAUUUUAUUGUGUCUAUGCACUUUUUAGAGCAACUUAGACAGCCUGCCAUCUUGUAGGAAUCUUAUUAUUCUUGUCAUGUUUCUUCAUUUUUUUGGGGUAAAAAAAAAAAAAAAAAAAAAAAUGGAGUUAGAGUGGUACCUCGUCUUUUGUUCGUCAUCCGUUACAAAAGGUGUGACCAAAAAAUAUGAUUUAUUGUUGAGCAUAGACAAUUUGAUUUAUUGCAGCGCAGACAGAAAACAAACACAGCAAAGCUUUCUUUUUUUGUGUAACAAUGACCCCCCCCCCCCCCCCAGUCCCAUCUGCCCACAUACUAUUAAAAUAUAAAUAGUAUGAUGAUAAUAAUAACAUUAAUAACUAAUAAUGGUAGUAAUAUGUAUAAACUGAGAAGGAAAUAUACAUAAUAAUAAUAAUAGACAAAAAAUUAACACUACCUUUUAGACAUCCAACACAUUUUCGAGAGAAUAAUUCUAGUUUUACCUGCAGAAAACAAUUAAAAACACAGAUAAAUGAUGAAUAAAAUGGCUAAAUCUUUUCCUUUC